AAAAGAGCGUCCCAACCCUGCUUAUCAGUCCAAUAUCGUGUGGUGGUACUGUAGAGUAGAUAGCGCACGCGUCGCGUGGGGCUGCAGCCGCAGAGCUCUGCUCUAGCACCGAUCGAAAGAGUUAAGCCAGUUUUCCGCUGCUGCCGCGCCGCGUGCAUUGCAUUGUGUUGGUCAGUUUCAAUCGAGUCGUCUUCGAGCUUCGAAGUGCAGAUCGACACGUGUGUCUUUUGGUCUAGGCGCCUACUGCGACCACACCACGCACGACGAUGACGUUCGAGGAAUUUUGUGGCGGUGCGCUUUGGGACAGCGCGUUGGCAUGGCAUCCGGAAGAUCCACGGUUGACCUACUGCUUCCAGCGUGUGUUUCUGCAAUGGGUACCGUGUUGCUUUCUGGUGGUUUUCCUCGGGUACGAAGUGCACAAAAUAAGAAGUAGUCGCUAUCGGGACAUUCCCUGGAAUUUGCUGAAUGUGUCGAAAAUGAUUGUGGUGUUUUUGUUGGUUUGUGGCAGCGGUGUGGAUCUGGGGUUGGCUGUUAUGAGCAAAGACAAUUUACCAACGGUUGAACCAGUUACAAAAGUGUUAAACGCAGUCUCGUAUGCAAUCGUAUUGUCAUUGCUAUUCUAUCACAGAAAGAACGGCAUCCAGAGUUCAGGAACGGUUUUCGUGUUUUGGUUCCUAAAAGUGUGCUUUGGAAUACCUCAGAUCCGUUCGGAAUGCCAGUCAUUCAAGAACGCAACUGGAUACGCAACAUCUCACAUCUACAGCUACCUCACGCAGUAUGCCUUGAUUUGCAUUGCCUUCGUGCUGGAAUUCUUCCCAGACGAACGGCCUACUACGAGCAGUUAUCCCGAACCGAAGAAACCAAACCCAGAAUCGACGUCCAGUUUCCUGUGCCGCCUACUAUUCCUGACUUACGAUCGCCUUCUGUGGACCGGUUUCCGCAAGCAGCUGUCCAUGGACGAUAUGUACGACCUGAAUCCAGAGGACUCGACCAGAGAAAUCAGUCCGGAGUUCGAUAGGCACUGGAACAGACAACCGUCGUCGAGCGCCACCAAAUCCAUUUUGCCAGUCAUCGUCCAAGCAUACGGAGGGCCGUUCGUCUUUGCCGGGGUAAUUCAAGUGUUCAUGACGGCGUUGCAGCUGGCGUCCCCUUAUCUGUUGAUGGCCCUCUUAUCCUGGAUCGCCAUCGAUGGACCCCUCUGGCAGGGCAUCGCGCUAGCCCUCGGCCUCUUCCUCUCAUCUCUUCUGUACGCCCUCCUCAAUGGACAGUACUACUUCAAUAACUUCCGCACCGGCUUCCGCAUCCGAAUGGCACUGGUCAGCGCCAUCUAUCGGAAAGCCCUCCGCAUCUCGAACGCAGCAAAACGGGACUCGUCGCUCGGAAACAUCGUCAACCUGAUGGCAGUGGAUGCGCAGCGCUUCGUCGAGUUGACACCGUUCUUGCAUCUGAUAUGGAGCGGUCCCAUCGUGAUUGGGAUUUGCUUGUGGCUGCUUUACGACAUUCUGGGGGUGGCAGUGUUCGCCGGUUUGGGGCUGAUCGUUCUCAUGAUGCCCCUGUCGAAGGUGAUUUCUACGCGGCUGAAGGUGCUCCAGGGACACCAGAUGAAGCACAAGGACAGUCGAGUGAAGAAGAUUCAUGAAGUGCUGUCGAGCAUCAAAGUGCUGAAACUGUACGCCUGGGAACCCUGCUUCCAACGGUCGAUUCUGGAAACGCGGGACAAGGAGCUGAGCAUUAUGGGAAAAGCGGCCUACUACGGAGCAGGGGUGUACUUCGUCUUCACGAUAGCUCCGUUCCUGGUGACGCUGGUAACGUUCGCGAUGUACGUCUUGAUCGACGAGGGGAAUAUUCUGACCGCGAGGAAGGCGUUUGUAUCACUUGUGUUGUUCAAUAUAAUGAAGGUUCCGCUCAGUUGGCUUCCGAUGGUGGUUACCAUGGUGCUGCAGACGUGGGUGUCGGUGAAACGCAUCAACAAGUUCAUGAACAGCGAGGAGUUGGAUUCUACGGUGGUGACACACGAUAAGAGUGAAGAUGCCCUGAUGAUCAAGGACGGAAAUUUUACGUGGAGUGGUACGUUACCGACCUUGAAGAGCAUAAACAUCUCAGUGCAAAAAGGCCAACUGUGCGCGAUUGUCGGAUCUGUCGGAUGUGGGAAGAGUUCGCUCCUUUCGGCAUUGUUGGGGGAAAUGAUCAAAGUAGCCGGAUCGGUGAACGUGGACGGGUCGGUGGUGUACGUAGCGCAGCAGGCGUGGAUUCAGCACGCAACUCUCCGGGAUAACGUACUGUUCGGGAAGGCUUUCGAUCAGGGAAAGUACGACAAAGUGAUCUCGAGUUGUGCGUUGAAGUCAGAUCUGAAGCUUCUGCCAGCCGGGGAUCGAACGGAGAUCGGGGAGAAGGGGAUUAAUCUUUCCGGUGGACAGAAGCAGCGGGUGGCCUUGGCAAGGGCAGUGUAUGCGGAUGCAGAUAUCUACCUGCUUGACGAUCCGUUGAGUGCGGUAGAUGUGCACGUUGCAGAGCAUAUCUACCGGAAAGUUAUAGGUCCCAAAGGAAUACUGGCCAACAAGACUAGAUUGUUGGUAACGCACGGGGAAUCCAUUUUGCAUUGCGUUGAUGAGAUCUUCGUCAUGAGAGACGGGGAAAUCUGCGAAAGCGGGUGCUACCAUGAUCUUCUGGGAAUGCAAGGGGAGUUCUCGGAACUCUUUUCAGAGCGGACAACGCAGCGUGGAUACGGGAGAAGCAUGUCUGUAGUAUCGCAACAGUCUGUUGCUGGUAAUGAGGCGGUUCCUGAUAGCGAGUCGAUGAAGGAUCCUCGAAGGCAAUCUAGAGUGCCGUCAAGGUCUGCGUUGAUGUCCAAAGAGGAGUCUAAAUCGGGUGCCGUUGCAUGGCAUGUAUACUGGAUGUUCUUGAAAGCGUUUGGAGCAACGCUUGGGUUCUGGACGUUAGCAUUCUGUGUGCUCACGCAGAUCAGCGGGAUAUUCUCCAGCCUGUGGUUGUCGAAAUGGACGGAAGAUCCCGUAGCAGCAGUUGACAUAAAUACUCGCAAUGCUUAUCUCCUGACCUUUGGAUCAUUUGGAGUACUCCAGUCGUUGUCGCUAUUCACCGGUGCUGUCGUUUUAGCACUGGGGUGUCUUCGGGCUUCCAGAAACCUUCACAACAGCCUACUUGACACCAUUUUAAGGCUACCGAUGGCGUUCUACGACGCGACACCGAUCGGACGGAUUUUGAACCGAUUCUCCAAGGACGUCGAUGUGUUGGACUGCGUCUUCCCCGUAACUCUGAGAGGCUGGACCUACACGCUCUUCAACGCCAUUGGAGUCUUCGUCGUUAUCUCCAUAUCAACGCCUACUUUUCUGGCCGUGGUGCCAGUUCUGCUGGUGGUGUACUAUCUGAUUCAGAAGGUUUACAUCGCCUGUUCGCGACAGCUUCGGCGACUGGAGUCCAUCACUAAAAGUCCCGUUCUCUCGCACUUCGAAGAAACCUUCGCAGGUCAGUCAACAAUCCGCGCCUUUGGAGAGCAGGAGCGUUUCAUACGAGAGUCUGAAGAGAAGAUCGACUACAACCAGAAGGUAGCCUACCCGGGGUUGCUCACCAAUCGCUGGAUGGCGUUGAGGUUGGAGAUCGUGGGAGCGUUCGUGGUGUUCUUUGCGGCAUUGCUGGCCGUUUUGGCAAGGGAAUCCAUCGGACCGGGGUUGGUGGGUCUAUCGAUAACCUACGCACUGCAGAUUUCGGCAACUAUGAGCUUCAUGGUGAGAAUGACGUCCGUUUUGGAGACAAAUGUGGUUGCGAUCGAACGAUUAGAAGAGUACGCUGAACUGCCAGGUGAAUCGCAGUCCGAGAGCACUAGUGUUGAGAAGGGAUGGCCACAAGACGGAGAAAUAGAAUUUCAAGGGUUCAAACUGCGGUAUCGAGAAGGAAUGGAUCUGGUGAUCAAAGACAUAACAUUGAAGGUUGAGAGGGGCGAAAAGGUUGGAAUUGUUGGAAGGACGGGUGCCGGAAAGUCAAGUCUAUCAAUGGGGCUGUUCAGGAUUGUUGAAGCGAGCGGUGGAAAAAUCUCAAUUGACGGCACAGACAUCUCGAAAAUAGGAUUACAUCAGCUGCGUAGUCGCAUGACCAUCAUUCCACAAGAUCCGGUGCUGUUCGCGGACACCAUCCGCAGGAAUCUGGAUCCAUACGAAGCCUACUCGGAUGAUCAAAUAUGGCGGGCGUUGGAUAUGUCACAAUUGGCUGGAUUUGUUAAAAGUCUUCCAAGUGGGCUGCAGUACAAUGUUACUGAAAAUGGGGAAAACCUAUCCAUGGGCCAACGUCAACUGGUUUGCCUUGCACGAGCAGUGUUGCGGAAAAGUAAAAUCUUAAUCAUGGACGAAGCAACCGCUGCCGUUGACAUGGAAACGGAUAAGGCGAUACAGAAAACAAUCAGAACCGAGUUUUCUGGUUGCACAGUGUUGACGGUGGCCCACCGAUUGAAUACUAUUAUCGACUACGAUAAAAUUGUGGUGCUCGAAAAUGGAACGGUGGCAGAGUGUGGAACUCCUCAGCAGCUGUUGGAUGAUAAAACGUCUUCGUUUUAUCGGAUGGUUAAGAAAGCGGGUAUUAUUGAAUAGUUUUACACUUUAUUAGUACAAGUUAAAUGUCGUUAUUUAAUCUACUUCCUAUUCUAACUAUAAGUAUAGUUGAAAGAGUAUUUCUAAGUGAAGACAAGGACCUGAAAUAUAAAUAGACAAAUAA